GUUGAGAGGGCCCAACGAGAGGACGUUCCUGUAGUAGUUCCUGCCCCCCAAAUAGUACCAGGAACUUCUUCAGUGGAAACGGGCCUAAUGAUAGCAAGAGUCCUGGAACAACAACGUGCUUUGACCAAGGUUCUCUCUACAGACCGCAAAACGCGACAGCUACUGCCCUCAUGGCAAGACCUGGACGACCUGGAAUCUUUAAACAAGGCUCUCAGCCCACUCCAAGACUUCACCAAUGCUUUGUCAGCUGAACAGUACGUAAGCAUAUCAUACCUGAAACCUGUUCUCCAUCUUCUGAACACCUCAGUACUGGCUGAAGAGGCAGAGGACAGUGACCUGACCAAAUCACUGAAAGCAAAAAUCCUCAGCUACCUCAAUGAAAAAUAUCAAGCCACACAGGACCUGCUGAACAUCACAACAUUCCUUGACCCCAGGUUCCGAACAAAAUACAUGUGUACAGAAGAGACGAGGACCAUAAAGGAACGAGUGAUCUCUGAGGUGAUGGCAGUUCAGCAGCAGCCUGAAGUGCAGCACACCAUAGCAAUGGAGGAGGAUAGCUUGGAUGUGGACAGUCCACCUACAGCUAAAGCCAAGAAGAAAACUUUAGCCAGUUUCUUCCAGAACAGCAUGCACACGCCAACAACAGCAUCAGCAUCAACCACCUUUGAUCCCAUGGCACAGUGUAGUGAAGAAGUGGCUACUGAACUCAAUACAUACACUUACAUGCCCUGUUGGCCAUGAGGAAGAUCCGUUGAAAUGGUGGAAGUGCCACAAAAUAAAUUUCCCUCUGUUGUCCAGACUAGCUCAGAAAUAUCUAUGCAUACAAGCAACAAGCUCUGCGUCAGAAAGAGCUUUUAGCAUGAGCGGUAAUGUUGUAUCAGCCCAUCGAUCCUGUCUGAAACCAGACAAGGUGGACAUGUUGGUUUUUUGAUCAAAGAACCUCAGAAGUGGUGGUAGCUGGAACCUUUUAGAAAGAGGAUAUGGAAGUACUAUUUGAUAAUAAGAAAGUACAGUGGUAACAUUUUUAUUGGUUUGGGUGUGAUUGACUGAACUACCCAAAGCAUCCAUUUUAUUUUAUAUCCAGUGUAAUCUUUAGAGGAAGUUGUAGUAGGCUACAAAAAAGUAUACCCCGUUUUAGUAGUUAACCACUGAUUUUUAUGUUAAACCCCUCUCAAAUGUCCUUUUUUGAGCAUUCAGAAUGUCUUAUUUAAUGAAUAUUUUGUAUUCUCUUACUUGUUGUUGUAGUUGUACUUAAUGUUUAGAGAAAUGUCUCCAGAAAGGCCUUCAAGUUGUAACAAAGUGCCACAGCCAGUUGCACUUUAAAGGACUGCCUUUGUUGUAUUGAGAGACGGGCACUGUCUCUGUUUGCACUUUAAAGAAAUGCCUUUAUUUGUUUACUGCACUUUUUUUUAUUAGAUAAUAAUACUUGAAAGAUUUACCAAAAUGCCUACAGAAAAGCUGUUAACUGCCUCUGUACAUUGUAGAAAUGUCUUUAUUCUUUUUUACAGUGCUGUACAAUCUUUUUCGUUUUUGUAUUAAGUACUACUUAAACAGUUACAGUUUACAAAAUGCCUGCAGAAAGGCCUUUAAGUUUACAAUAAUGUCAAUAUUUCCACUUAGCCGAAAUACCUUUAUUUUCAAAAAAAGAAAGAACUUUUAUUUAUUAGAAAAUAUUAUUUGGAGAACAGUACUGUAAAAAAAUUGCGGUUUUGUAAUUUCAUUUAUUCAUUCAUUCAUCUUCUAAUCACUUCAUCCUCUUGAGGGUCGCGGGGGGGCUGGAGCCUAUCCCAGCUGACA